GCCUGAGUAUAUAAGUCAAGCGAGUGCAGAAGAAGAGAGGAGACGGGAUCAGUGCGUUGUGCCCCUUGUACAGUCCACACUACAGGAGGAAAAUACUUGCCUUCACCAUGGACCUGGUGACAAUUUUCCUCUCAAUCAUCGUUGUCCUAUUUUUGGUCAACGCGUUCAUGAACCAGAAGCAAGCAAAUCCCAAAAAUUUCCCACCUGGACCAAGACCUUUACCGAUCAUUGGAAAUAUUCACAUAAUGGACAUACGAAAACCCCAUAAAACAUUUAUGGAGUUGUCUAAACAGUAUGGCUCAGUCUUCAGUGUCCAGAUAGGAAUGUCAAAGUCGAUCAUCCUAUGUGGUUAUGAAACUCUUAAAGAUGCCCUACUCAACCAUGCAGAAAUAUUUUCGGAUAGACCACAUACACCAUUGUUUUCAGAGACAUCAAAAGGCCACGGCAUUGUUUUUGCCACCGGAGAAAACUGGAAAGUGAUGAGAAGAUUUUCACUCUCAACUUUACGAGAUUAUGGAAUGGGGAAGAGAACAAUAGAAGACAAGAUCAUUGAGGAAUCUGACUGCUUAGUACAGAAGUUAAGGUCAUAUGAAGGAAAGCCCUUUGAUAAUGUCACCAGUAUUUAUGCUGCUGUAACCAAUAUAAUUGUGUCUAUACUGCUAAGUAAAAGAUUCGAUUAUGAUGAUCCGACUAUACUGAGGCUUAUGGGCUUAACUAAUGAAAAUAUAAAACUUCUAAGCAGCCCCUGGGUCUUUCUAUACAAUACUUAUCCAUUUCUUGCAAAAUGGCUGCCGGGAGCCCACAACAAAAUUUUUGAAAAUGUUAAGGAGUUUCUGGAUUUUAUAAGAAGAAUCUUUACACAAUAUAAGAAGGAACUGGAUGUAAAUGACCAGAGGAACCUCAUUGAUGCCUUCUUAACAAAACAACAAGAGGGAAAACCAGAGUCCACUGCGUAUUUCCAUGAUGAAAAUCUGACUGCUCUGGUUGCAGAUUUGUUCGGUGCUGGAAUGGAGACCACAUCAACCACCCUGAGAUGGGCCAUUCUGCUCAUGAUGAAAUACCCAGAGAUUCAACAAAAAGUGCAAAAUGAAAUUGAACAAGUGGUCGGCUCAGCCCAACCUCAAAUGGAGCAUAGAAAACAGAUGCCGUAUACAGAUGCCGUCAUCCAUGAAAUCCUGAGGUUUGGAGAUAUCGCACCGGUUGGUCUUCCACAUGCAACUACUCAAGAUAUCACAUUCAGAGGGUAUUUUAUUCCCAAGGGAGCAACUAUAAUCACAUUGGUGCAUUCAGCUCUCAGAGAUAAAGAUUACUUCGAGAAACCAUAUGAGUUUUAUCCAGAACAUUUCCUCGACUCUGCUGGAAACUUCAAGAAGAAUGAAGCCUUCAUCCCGUUCUCUCUAGGGAAAAGAAGUUGUGCUGGUGAGACUUUGGCUAAAAUGGAGAUAUUUUUGUUCUUUACAUCACUAUUACAAAACUUCACAUUCCAAGCACCACCUGGAACAAAACUGGACCUUACUCCAUCCCUGGCAUCUACAAAUGCCCCAAAACCUCAUGAAAUAUGUGCCAUAUGCCUCUCCUUCUGUCCAACAUCAAAAGGUGAUGAUUUCCAGCUUUUCCUGAACUUUAAUCGUUUUAUAAGGAAAUUAACCCUUCAACGUUUCUUCGCUUUAAAAACAGAAUCAAAUAAACAUUUGGAUACCCAUCAUACUUCGGGACCUCCUACAGAUGAAGUGAAACAUCAAGAUGUGAAAGCCCCUUCUAAUUUUUACCCAAUACAUGCACAAGGGCCACAUAUACGGGUCUUUCAAGAUCUGGUAUUUGAGGAAUUUAAAUCAAUGGGGAAAACUAAGACAAGAAACAAAAAUAACUUGUCCUUCAAGGAGAGAGAAGCAUUGGCAGGUUGGAAGAAGAAUAAUGACCUGGUGAUUUGCCUGGCGGAAAAAGGAGGUGGGGUGGUCAUCAUGAGCCUGGAAUAUUAUGAGGAAGAGUCCCUCCAUAUACUGUCGGAUAAAAACUUUUACAGACAGAUUGCAAAAGAUCCAUACAAAAGGAUCUCAGAAGAAUACAAUAAACUUAUAAACAGUGGUCUCUCAGAUGGAAUUCUAAAUAAACAGGAGCACAAAUUCUUACAGUACAACAAUGACAAUAAACCUUAUUUCUAUUUCUUGACAAAGAUCCAUAAGUCAAUCACCAGACCACUGGGACGUCCGAUCAUAUCUAACACAAAUUGUCUGACCAGUAACUUGUCACAUUACAUUGAUCUAUAUCUACAAAAACAUGUUAUAUCAUUAUCCAGUUAUCUCCGUGACUCGACCCAGCUCAUAGAACAGCUGCUUACCAUCGGAUGGGAACCAGGGGUUUACCUGAUAACCUGUGAUGUCAUGUCGCUAUAUACCAACAUUGGCCAUGAGAUUGGGGUCCAAUGUGUGGAAGAAUUCUUGGAGAGUGAUCCUGACAUUACUGAAGAUCAUAGGAAUUUCAUCUUUAAAGGCCUUAAAUUCAUAUUGGAGAAUAAUUACUUUAUAUACAAUAAACAGGUUUACCAUCAAUGUAACGGUAUGGCUAUGGGGUCAAAGGUUGCCCCGGCCUAUGCCAACCUAUUUAUGGGGGCAUUCGAGAAAAAAUUAAUCCCUGGAUCACUGGAAUUUUCUACGUAUACACAACUUUUUCGCCGCUAUAUCGACGAUCUUUUUUUCUUAUGGAGGGGUCCGGUGGAAUCCAUAGGGGUAUUUAUGGCCCACUUAAACUCCAAUGAUAGGGGGAUUAAAUUCACUAUUGAGUACAAUGAGGACAACAUCAAUUUCUUGGUCUUGAAUAUCGCACACAAAGGUACCAACUAUAUUACGUCUACUUACUUUAAGAAGGUAGACAUCAAUAGUUACCUGGAAUACAACAGUGCUCACCAAAAACAAUGGCUGAAAAAUGUGCCAUAUGGACAGUUCAAGAGAAUUAGGAAAAACUGUAUGGAAGAUAACACCUUUGCCAUACAAGCAAAGAUUCUAUCUAAAAGAUUUAUAGAAAAGAAUUAUUUAUCCUUCAUGGAUCUGGUCACUGUUCUCCUGUCCAUCGUUGUCAUCCUCUUUUUGACCAAUGUCUUCAGAAAUCAAAAACAAGGGAAAUACAAAAAAUUCCCUCCUGGGCCGAAGCCUUUACCAAUCCUUGGAAAUCUCCUAAUGAUCGACAUGUCAAAGCCAUAUAAAACGUUUUAUCAGCUGUCUAAGCAGUAUGGGUCAAUCUUUAGUGUCCAGAUGGGUAGGACAAAAAUGGUGAUCCUAUGUGGUUAUGACACCAUUAAAGAUGCUCUGAUCAACAAUGCUGAAGUCUUCUCUGACCGACCCCGUAAUCCUUUAUUCACAGAUUCAAGGAAGGACCAUGGUAUUCUUUUUGCUAAUGGAGAGAACUGGAAAGUGAUGAGAAGAUUUACACUUUCAACACUACGAGAUUAUGGAAUGGGAAAGAAAACCAUUGAAAACAAGAUCACAGAGGAGGCCGAGUGUUUAGUGCAGAAGUUGAGAUCAUAUGAAGGAAAGCCCUUUGGUGAUUUCUCAUGUAUAGGAGCUGCUGUCACCAAUAUUAUUGUGGCCAUACUGCUCAGUAAAAGAUAUGACUAUGAGGAUCAGACCAUCUUGAGGCUUAUAGCCUUAGUCACUGAGAAUUUAAGACUCAUAGGAAGCCCGUGGGUCAGACUGUACAACAUCUUUCCAGCCCUGAUGGACCGGUUGCCAGGACCUCACAGGACAGUUUUUAAAAAUCUCAGAGAGUUUCAUAGUUUUAUCAGAGCGACCUUUACAAAAUAUAAGAAAGACCUUGAUAUCAAUGACCAGAGGAACCUUAUUGAUGCUUUCUUAGCAAAGCAAAAAGAGGAAAAGCAGGAAUCCACUCAGUAUUACCACAAUGAGAACCUGACUGUGCUCGUGGGAGAUCUGUUUGGUGCUGGAAUGGAGACCACAUCAACCACAUUGAGAUGGAGUAUUCUUCUGAUGAUGAAAUAUCAUGAGAUUCAAGAAAAAGUGCAAAAUGAAAUUGAAAGAGUGAUCGGAUCGGCCCAACCUCAAAUGGAACAUAGGAAAGAAAUGCCAUAUACUGAUGCCGUCGUACAUGAAAUUCAAAGAUUUGGGGACAUUGCACCAACUACUGUGCCACAUUUAGCUUCUCAAGAUGUUACAUUUAGAGGAUAUUUUAUUCCAAAGGGAACUAUUAUCCUCCCUGUGCUUCAUUCUUUACACAAAGACAAAGAAUACUUUAAGAAACCGGAUGAGUUUUAUCCAGAACAUUUUCUUGACUCAGAAGGAAAUUUCAAAAAGAAUGAGGCCUUCAUCCCCUUCUCAAUAGGUAAGAGAAGUUGCGCUGGUGAGACCUUGGCUAAAAUGGAGCUUUUUUUGUUUUUCACGACACUUUUACAAAAUUUUACAUUCAAGGCUCCACUGGGAGCUAAAUUAGACCUUACUCCUGCAUUGGGGUCUACGAAUUCCCCCAAACCUUUUGAAGUCUGUGCCGUACCUCGCAGUUAGGAUAUGGAGGGUGGACCUAUUUCUUUCCUGGCUUUACUGGGUCACAUUAAAAUUAAAAUGUUUCAA